AUGGUCGUCGCCACGAUAAAAUGUGUCGUGGUCGGUGACGGUGCAGUGGGCAAGACAUGCCUUCUCAUAAGUUACACCACCAACAAAUUCCCGUCGGAAUACGUGCCGACUGUCUUCGACAACUAUGCGGUUACUGUUAUGAUCGGCGAUGAACCCUACACCCUCGGACUCUUCGAUACUGCUGGACAAGAAGACUACGACCGCUUACGACCUCUCUCCUACCCCCAAACCGACGUCUUCCUCGUCUGCUUCUCCGUCACCUCACCCGCGUCCUUCGAGAACGUCCGAGAAAAGUGGUUCCCCGAAGUACACCACCACUGCCCCGGUGUGCCAUGCCUGAUAGUCGGGACACAGACAGAUCUGAGAGACGACGCGCAGGUAAGGGAAAAGCUGGCCAAGCAGAAGAUGCAGCCAGUGAGGAAAGAGGACGGCGAGAAGAUGGCGAAGGAGCUUGGCGCGGUCAAGUACGUCGAGUGCUCGGCACUGACGCAGUUCAAGCUCAAGGAUGUGUUUGAUGAGGCUAUCGUGGCAGCUCUCGAGCCUCCUACUGUCAAAAAGCCCAAGCGAAAGGGCAAGGGCUGCAUUUUGCUAUAG